AUGGUAUACUCGACAAAAGAACUUGUAGAUUCUUGGUUGAAUUGGGAUAGAAAUGAAAAUACUCGAGCUGAAAUUCAACGACUGUGGGAUGAAGGGAGUACUGAAGAACUGGAGAAGCGACUUAGGUAUGACUUUCUAUUUCUGGGUUCCCAAAUUUCUUACCAUAUUAGAAAACGUAUCGAGUUUGGCACGGCAGGUCUGCCAUUGGCCUUGUUUUUGUGUUCUCCUAUCACCCUGUCUUACAUCUCUUCUCAGGGUUUAUGUAGCUACAUAUCCAAUAACGUAAAGAAAGCGCAAGAACGUGGGGUCGUUGUGGGACACGAUCAUCGAUAUAACUCGGAGAGAUGGGCCCAACUCACGGCAGCUGUCUUUUUGGAUGCUGGUUUCAAGGUCUAUCUGCACAGAGACUUGCAAACUAGAGCAGCUGGUGGAGUCAUGAUAACUGGUCAGAUUAUUUAUCAGCACACUCGUCUUACCCUCACUUUACACUCUCUUACAGCUAGUCAUAACCCCAAGCUUGUUUAUCCUAUUCUACAGGUGUACUGGGAGAACGCGGUUCAGCCCAAAUUUUCCUCAUCGUGGACUGAUGUAGCUCAGAGCGUCUCUGCAAAUUCCAAAAUAAUCGACUGUACACAGGAUAUGUACGAGAAUCCUACUAACAACACUAUCAAAUUUGUGACAACACCUAUGCAUGGCGUUGGAAACAAGCCUGUCAUGAGAGCUUUGCAGGACAUUGGACUUACCAGCGAUUGCCUCUCAGUCGUCAAAGAGCAGCAGAACCCCGAUCCAGAAUUCCCUACAGUCUCAUUCCCAAACCCGGAGGAACAUGGUCAGGAUGUCUUGGCGAUGAAGACGGCAGGCGAUAAUGGUGCCACCUAUAUUCUCGCUCAAGAUCCAGAUGCAGAUAGGUUUGCAGCCGCAGAAAAGAGAUCAGCUUGGCUCUCUCCUCGCAGCACGUGCCCUGGAGAAAUACAAGCAGUCCCAGAAGCCUAUGAGUGGGCUACAUUCCAGUUGCUCCUGCAGCGUAACAAUGACAAUAAACGGUUAACAGGUCAGCUGGCCAUGGUCGCUUCUACUGUUAGCUCCAAGAUGAUAGAAUCCAUGGGAAAGCCAUCUGACGCAAUCGCAGGAUUCAAAUAUAUUGGCAACGUUGCUCUUCAGCUGGUAGAACAAGACUUUAUUGUCCCAUUUGGAUAUGAGGAAGCGAUUGGGUUCAUGGUGGAGACUGGUAUCCGUGAUAAAGAUGGAGUAAGCGCGACUGUACGUACAAGCUCGUCUGUCUCUUUGAUUUUAGGGGUCACGGGGACCCACCCGGAGUUAUACGGUUAUUUCGAAACUAAUAACUCUUAUUUCAUCUGCAACGAUCCGGCUGUGAUCGACUCCAUCUUUCAUCGCCUACGGAACUAUCCAUCGACGUCUCCUGGGCAGCACCAAGACACAUGGAAAGGGGCCAAUGGAGCGACCUAUCCAUCAUCCAUUGGGUCGUUAAAAAUUAACAGUAUCCGAGAUCUCACCUCUGGAUUCGGCUAUGAUUCAACUACCCCCACCUUGCAGCCAGAAUUACCUCUCUCUGGCGGACAUAUGGUCACUUUCCGAGCAGGUUCCACGCAGAAUGGUGGUGCAGCAAUCACUCUUACCAUCAGGACCAGUGGUACAGAGCCGAAAAUCAAAUACUAUCUCGAAGGUCAAGGAGAAAAUCGUGACCUCAUUAAAUCCGUCCUGAAGAAAGUUGUCGAAGAGCUGAGAACUGAAUGGAUGCAAGCUAGCCAAAAUAGCCUUCAGGAGCCUUGA